UAUCUCCAAGAAGUUAUCAAUCAGCGCCAAAGAUUAGAAGUUACAAAAGUUACGUGUUGGUGUUUCUAAAAUACGUGCAAUCGUGAUGAACUAGUUUUAUUUUCAAGUGACUGAUUUAAUAGAUAGUGAAAAACAAUUCCAAAUAAGAAAAACAUGAGUCUACCAAGUGGUGUUGAUAUGUCUAGUUUAAUGUCCCAGCAUCCCGUACUUGGUGCCAUACCUCCAGCAUUCUUUUUACGUGCAACAGAACGUUAUCAGCGUACACCAAAAUGUGCCCGAUGUCGUAAUCAUGGUGUUGUAUCAGCAUUAAAAGGACAUAAACGUUAUUGUCGGUGGCGUGAUUGUGUAUGUGCAAAAUGCACGUUAAUUGCUGAACGACAACGUGUUAUGGCCGCACAAGUUGCAUUACGCCGUCAACAAGCACAAGAGGAAAGUGAAGCACGUGAAUUGGGUAUGCUGUAUGCAACACCACAACAACAAACCGCAUCAUCGACCACAUCAUCGACAGCAUCUGGUGCUAGUGACGUGGUUGUAUCACAAACUUCUACCAAAAAUUUAUCACCAACUUCUCCAACGACCACUGAUUUAGGUUUGUCGUUAAUACACCAGACGAGAACAAGGCAAAAUGAAGCUACCGCAUUGUUUCAAACGAAUAUUGAUAAAUCAGAACCAUCUAGUCCAAACAAUAAACGUGCACGGAUAAGUGUUGACGAAUCCGGUGAUGAUAGUCAAUCAGAUCAUGAAGAUAAAUCCAACAUUUUAGAGCAAACUUCACCAAACAGUAGUAGACAUAUACAACGAACACCAUCCCCAAGUGUACAUCCACAAAGUUCACCCGAACAUGAUUUAGAUGUAGAAGAAGAAAGUCAAGACAAUGAGAUUGAAAUACCAUUACCUGAAAAUCUAUCAUUAAAAAAGAGUCCUUUAAAUGAAUCAACAAGUUCAUCACCUCCCCCUCAACAGCAACAAACACCCACACCAUUUAUUUCCUAUCAACAUACAUUAACACACUUUUCACAUUUUCCACAUGCAUUUCAACAACAUUCACAUAAUAAUCCACAAUCCAGAUCUCCAAUUGAUAUAUUAUUACGAGUGUUUCCUGGUCGACGGAGAUCCGAUGUAGAAUCAAUAUUACAACGAUGUAAAGGUGAUGUAUUGCAAGCAAUGGAAUUAAUGGUAUGUGGGGGUAGUACUCCAUUAGAAGAUCAGUCUUCAUCUCCAUCACCUUCUGCUUUCUCACCGUUAGCUCCAACAUCACAUUUCCAAAGGUAUAGUCCACAACAUGCUAGAAGAUUUCUAGCAGCUCCUUAUGCUGGUACUGGCUAUUUGCCAACAGUUAUCAGACCUCCUCAUGAAUAUGGCAUGCCACUUCAUGCUGUGCAUGAAAUAUAUAGUGCCGCAAGCAAUAAUACCGAUAAACCAACUGCAUCUUCACCAGGAUCUAAUACUGGUUCUGAUAAGACAUCAUACUCGGAGUGACUAACUUUAAAUUGUUGGUAAAAUAAAAUUUAAUAAUUAGUUCAAGAGCCUACCGUAGUAAAUCCUCCAUAUACACAUCCGAGUCCAAUUAAUUAUUAAUUGUUUUUAUUAUCCGUAAAAAGGUACAAGCAAGUUAUGAAAGUGAGCAUUAAAUUUGAAAUAAAAAUGCUCUCAACAUUUCUUCCCCUUAACCCACAAGGGACGGUCUACAAACAUAUAAAAAUAAUUUUAAAAAUGGAGGCUUAAGAUCUACUGAUUGAAAAGAUUGAAAUAAUGUUACCUUUUUAACUAACUCCUUCAAUAAACCAGUCAUUUAAAAAAAACGAUUCUGACCUCUC